AUCCCUCAGAUUUACUCGAUUUCUGAUCCUGUUUCAGGAGAGGACGGUCAGUUUGAUCGGUUUCCAUGUUUACCAGUUGAAAUUUCAAGCUUGAGGAUUAUAUUUGAUCUCAGUUUCCUCAAAGGAAGUUUUGUUGAAGCAAACGUUCGUUUACUAAAAUUGUUGUGAAAUUUCUGCAACAAAAACCUUUGAAUUUUCAACUGUGUGAUCGGUCUGUAACUGAUAAUAUAAGUUUUGAAAAUAUUCAAGCAAAAUUUAGGUUUGAAUUCGGAUUAUCUUCCUCCUCCGCUUUUGGGCAUCAACAAUGGAUAAGGAGAGGACCAGGAGUCCAAUGUCUGUAAGACUGAAGAGCAAUUCUAGCACGUCCGAAGGUACAGCACCUGCGAUGAUGUCCCCCAUGCAUCGCUAUGGACGGUCAGAAUCAACCGGUGUGAAUUUCCGGAGGCCGCAGAAUUUCGCCGCCAAAGCUGCAGCUCAGAAGCUUGCGCAGGUCAUGGCACAUCAACAAUCGGAGGACUACGAUGACGAUGACGAUGGCCUAUCUUUGGAUUACAAUCCCACAGGGAGAAUCGGUCUUGCAUCCAGGAGCACAACUAUGUCUCCUUCUCCUGCGGUAGGUCGUAACCAUGUAGAACAGACUCAAUCUUCUCGCUUUUUAUCAACUAGCCGAUCACCUAUUGCAAUCAACUCUACAGCUGGCUUUACAUCAGUUGGUCAAUCAUCUUUUGCGGCUAAUUCUGUUAAGCAACCUCCAUCUGCCCAUUCUACAUCAGCUGGCCGACCAUUCCAAGUAGCCAAGACAGUUCCCAUGGUACAACCCAGUAUACCAAUAUCAUUAAGGCCACCUACUUCUGUGCCUCUAUCAGAUCCUUCCACUGAACAUCAAAGGGAUAGAAGAUCAUCAGUAGAUUUGGGAAGUUUAAACUUGACUGGAAAUCAGCAUUCUAUUUAUGCCCUUCAAGAUGAGCUUGAAGUGCUACAAGAAGAAAAUGAGAGUAUAAUUGAAAAGCUUCGACUUGCAGAGGAGAGGUGCGAGGAAGCAGAGGCCAGAGCUAGACAGCUUGAGAAACAGGUUGAUUCACUUGUAGAAGGCGUAUCUUUUGAGACCCGUCUCUUAAGCAGGCAAGGGGCAUACCUGCAGCAAAGGAAGGCUACUUUGAAAGAUGCACAACAGACUUGUGAUGGUAAAAAUGUAGAGGUUGCAACCCUUCGAUUAGAAGCAAAGACUGCAAAGGAUGAGGCAGAAUCUGCUUUGGAACAACUUCAUGAGGCUGAAUGUGAAAUUAAAUCUCUACAGAUGUUGACACAGAGAAUGAUACUCUCUCAGGAAGAGAUGGAAGAGGUGGUUCUUAAGAGGUGUUGGCUUUCUCGACAUUGGAAUUUAUGUUUUCAACACGGUAUUCAUGCAGAGAUUGCUGCAGAAAAGUAUGAGUUUUGGUCAUCCUUAGCCCCUCUUCCUCUUGAAGUUGUAUUAUCCGCUGGGCAGAAAGCCAAAGAGGAAAGCUCAGUAGAGAAAAAUGAUGUAGAGGAAAGGGAUGAAGUUCCACGUGACUUGAAUGAACUAUCUGGAGAGGGAAAUAUUGAAAGCAUGCUUUUAGUUGAAAAAGGAAUGCGGGAGCUGGCUUCACUAAAGGUUGAGGAUGCUGUAACGCUUGCGAUGGCUCAACAUCACCUACCACAUUUAUUGAAGUCUGAUCAACGAGUCUCAGGUGGAGGUGAUCUGAAACUAACGGUGGAUACUCAACAUCUUCUAGAAGCAUGUGAACUAAGCCAGGAGGAAUCUCAAGAUGUGGCUUUCAAACAGGCUUGGCUUAUAUAUUUCUGGAGGAGAGCAAAAAAUCAUUGGUUGGAACAGGACAUCACAGAUGAGCGUUUGCAAUUUUGGAUCACCAACGGUGCUAGGUCACCUACCCCAUAUGAUGCAGUUGACGUUGAGCGAGGUCUAAUGGAGCUGAGGAAGUUAGGGAUUGAAACAAGAUUGUGGGAGGAAUCCCGCCGAGUAGUCGAUCAAGAUUUUUCCCAUUCUAGAAUCUCAGACAAUUCCGAGCUGUGAAGAU